UUCAGAGAGGAAAAUACCACUGUGAAGACGUAUGCGGGCUUCAACAUGACUGCCUACAGAAUCGAUCAGAUCCUCGUGUGUCUUCUUAUCACUGUGAUGGCAAGAGCAGAGGUGCAGGAAGUUCUUUCAUCGGAGUGUAAACAAUUCUUUUACAUGGGGACGCAACCAAGAGGGCUCGAGGAGCAGCCAUUUAAAAAGAUCUGUCAGUUCUACCAGGGAAAACCACGUUUCUUCACCCUCUACGAUACUUUCAGCCACAUCCCUGUUUAUUCUGCAUACACAUUCAAGCGAUCUGAUGGCUACAAAAAGGCGGAUGUACCUUGGAUGUAUGAGCCUCAGCUCUCCAUGGUUUCCGGCUCCAGAGAAAUGCAGCAGUUCCCUUCAGAAGAACUUCACAAGAGUUUUGAAGAUUCUCAAGCUGUUCUUGACGACUACUCCAACUCUGUGAUCUUUGAACGCGGCCAGCUUAACCCAGACGAGCACCAGGCCGGCCCAGAUGACAAGGCGGCCACUUACACUCUGACCAAUAUCGUUCCUCAGGUUCGAGAGUUCAACAUUGGACCUUGGAAAAACCAUGAGCAUGGCAUACGGCAGAGGCUGAACAACUACUGCCGCGGCACCGCCUUUGUAGUCACUGGGGUCACCACUUCAGGGCACACAAUACGCCGCCAUAACAUCAACCGCCUGGGCAUACCAACCUACCUGUGGUCGGCCUACUGCUGUGUGAAUUUUGACCACAAUGCCCCGUACGCUGUACGCUCAAAGUUCCCUGCGUUUGCAGCUUAUGGACUUAAUGACCGGGAGAGUAACAGGGUUCAAGAGAUGUCAGUGCAGCACCUUGAGGACUUCCUGAAGAGGGUAACUUACGUUGGCAGUUCCUUCCAGAUCUUUUACGACAACUGUGUACCUCCUGGAAAUGUAAACGGCCCACUGAUUUCAUCUUAAAAUGAUAAAAUUAGAUGAUUCCUUAGUUUAAGUAUAGUUACAUUAGAAAUGAUUUCAAAAAGAUAAUCUAGCAUCUGAGUUCAGGUGAAUCUUUAGACUGUCUACACUCUGCUUCAAUUACCUGAAAUAAUUUAGCAAAGAAUAACUACGCUGGUGUUUCACAGCCAGUGAAAGUAUGUUUCACGUCACAAAUUGUCUGCAUUUGAGUUUUCUUUAAUUCCACUUUACUUAUUCUACAUAAAAUAUUUAUUAAUCCCAGUUAAAAGCUGAGUAGUUUUUUUUUCAAAGCUCAAAAAAACUAUUUCAUUUUCAUGAUAUAACCGUCUACUGCACGUCUGCAUUUGAUGGCACAUUAACAAACUUUGGAAAGGUUUAUGAGAUAAUUGCAUCAUGAACUUGUGGUUGUACUCCUUGCUUUAUCGUUAAAGUUAACUGAUCCUCGCCAUGGUUACUGUGAAUGACACCUGCCUCUGUAGACCUUUUGUUCAGCAGACAGAUUAGACCAGCAUUUACCAUUUUCCUUAUACAGCCUGUUAACUGCAGCACUACUCUGCACUUUAUUUUCUCAUUUCACAUGGGGAGGGUGUCACCAUGCCCAUAAAUAAGCGCAAAAUAUUUUGAUUUAAGAGUAGAGCUCUUUACGUCCACACUCAGAUAAUACACUGCUUUAACUCAAAACUCUGCCCCAACACGAAGAGUCCCUGCCUCUGUGGAAAUGUACUGCGCUUCACCUUCAAACCGCAACCACUCAUGUGUUUGUUAUGGGAUUGGAGAAGAGUUACAACCAAGUCCCUCAUGAUGUUCAGUGGAGACUUCAGGAGUAAGGGGGUAUCAUACGUUUGCCUGUGCAACCAGAGUGAGAGCUGGUUUGCAUCUCAGUAGGGUGGACUCUACCAGGGCCGGCCUUUGUCACUGAUGCAUCGUAAAUUUCUAAGUCCAGUCUUGGGGCCAAAGGUUUCCAGUUUGGAGAGCUCAAGAGUGCAUCCCUGUUAUUUGUAUAUGAUGUAGUUUUACCGCCGUCCACAAAGAGACCUCCAGCAGUAACUGAGGCAGUUUGCAGCAGCGUGUGAAGGGGUUGGGAUGAAGAUCAGCACUUCCAGGCCUAAGGAGAUGGUUCAAUCAGACAAGGAUGCUCUGGGUUGGGAAUCAGUUCCUGCUUCAAGGGGGGAGUUAGUGCAUCUUUUUUUUUUUACUAGUGGGGAUUGAAGAGAUGGAGAUUUGCAUGCAGAUGUAAUAGAAUGUUGUGGUGAAAAGAGAGCUAAGUUUUUCAGCUGCCGGGUCUUAAACCCUGGUAAGAGCUGCAUGCUUUUGGUAAUGAUGCAAUCAUUCUUUGACAGUUUUAAUGCAAUAUGAGCUUAAAAAAAAA